CAGGCGCAUUCGAUACCCAGGCAGGCCUUCCGGGGUUUUGUAGCUGGGCGGCUCCGAGGGGACGAUCUUCUAGAAUACCCCAGGGAUCCCUGGCAUGCCUUUGACUUCGUGCUGUUUGAAUGGGCUUUGUUACAAGUCCACAGUGCCAUAUGGUGACCAAGAAAGCCAAGGCAGUUGUGAUCUACACUGAGAUCUCCCUUCUUAAGACUGCCCUUCCUUAAGAACGGAGCAUUGAAGGGGAGGAAAUGACCUCUGGUUUCCUGACAGCCACAUCCCAGGAGUCAGUGACCUUCAAAGAUGUCUCUGUGGACUUCACCCAGGGGGAGUGGGGACAGCUGGAUCUUGCCCAGAAGAACUUAUACAGAGAUGUAAUGCUGGAGAACUACAGGAACCUGGUCUCCCUAGGGCUUCAAGUUUUCAAACCAGAAGUCAUCUGCAGGUUGGAGCGAGGGGAAGCACCAUGGAUACUGGAAAGAGAAAUCUCAAGAGGCCCCUGUCCAGGUUGGCCAGAAACCAGAGAGACAGUUCUAAUGGAGAACAUUUAUAUGGAAGACUUAUCCCAGGAAAGACUCAUAAGGGAUGAUUCUUGGGACUACAAACUUGAAGAAACCUUCAGAUGUGAUGUCAAGUUUAAGAAGCAGCAGGUCAACCAAGGAAGAGUGAUAAAGCAAAUAAUCACCCACAAGAACAAUUCCAAUAAGAUGAGAAGUCAUGAAUAUGACAAAUUUAGGAGAAAUUCUAGUCACAGGUCAGUCUCUGUUAUACAGUGGAGUAGUCCUACAGAAAAAAUGAUCCAUAAAUAUGACACAUAUGGAAAUAGCUUCAAACAGUAUUCAGACUUAGUUAAACAUAAUAGAAUCUCCUCAGGGAGGAAACUUUGGAAAAAUAAUGAAUAUAGUAAAACCUUCCGUUACCACUCAGACCUUAUUCGCUAUCACAGAGUCCCUACUGGAGAGAAAUCCUAUACAUAUACUGAAUUUGGGAAAACCUUCCAUCAAAAGCGACACCUUACUCAAUAUAAGAGAAUUUCUGCUGGAGAGAAACCAUAUAAAUGUACUGAGUGUGAAAAAUCCUUCAGUAAUAGCACAUCCCUUAUUUUGCAUCAGAGAAUUCAUACUGGAGAGAAACCUUAUGAAUGUCUUGAAUGUGGGAAAACUUUUAGCCGAAGUAUGUACCUUACUAGACAUCAGAGAAUCCAUACUAGGGAGAGACCCUAUAAAUGUAGUGAAUGUGGAAAAGCCUUCAGUCAGAUUAUGUACCUUGCUCGGCAUCAGAAAAUUCAUACUGGAGAUAGGCCCUAUCAGUGUAGUGAAUGUGGAAAAGCCUUCAGCCAGAUAUUAUACCUUACUCGACAUCAGAGAACUCAUACUGGAGAGAGACCCUAUCAAUGUAAUGAAUGUGGAAAAGCCUUUAGCCAGAUUAUGUAUCUUACUCGACAUCAGAGAAUUCAUACUGGAGAGAGACCUUAUAAAUGUAGUGAGUGUGGAAAAGCUUUCAGCAACAGUUCAUCUCUUAUUGUACAUCAGAGAAUCCAUACUGGAGAGAGACCAUAUAAGUGUGAUAUAUGUGAAAAGGCCUUUAGUCAGAGAGGACACCUUACCGAACAUCAGAAAAUUCAUAAUAGAGAAAAACCAUAUAAAUGUAGUGAAUGUGGAAAAGCCUUUAGUCAGAUUAUGUAUUUUAAUCAGCAUCAGAGAAUUCAUACUGGAGAAAAACCAUACAAAUGUAAUGAAUGCGGAAAGGCUUUCAGCAACAGCUCAACCUUUAUUGUACAUCAUAGAAUUCAUACUGGAGAAAAACCCUAUGAAUGUCUUGAAUGUGGGAAAGCCUUCAGCAAGUGCACAGGCCUUGUACUCCAUAAAAGAAUUCAUACUGGAGAGAAACCCUAUAAAUGUAAUGUAUGUGAGAAAACUUUCAGUCGGAGGGGCCACCUUACAGAACAUCAGAAAAUUCAUAAUGGAGAGAAACCCUAUACAUGUAAUGAGUGUGGGAAAAGCUUUCGACAGAGAGGACACCUUACUGAACAUCAGAGGACUCAUACUGGGGAGAAACUCUAUAAAUGCAAUGAAUGUGGCAAAGCCUUCAGUAACAGUUCACAGCUUACUUUACAUCACAGAAUUCAUACUGGAGAGAAGCCUUAUAAAUGCAGUGAAUGUGGCAAAGCCUUCAUUAAUAGCUCAUUCCUUACUCUGCAUCAACGAAUUCAUACUGGAGAAAAACCAUAUAAAUGUAAUGAAUGUGGGCAAGCCUUCCGUCAUCCAGGAAACCUCACUGAACAUCGGAAAAUUCAUACUGGGGAGAAACCCUAUACGUGUAGUGAAUGUGGAAAAUCCUUCAGUCGUAGCAUGUACCUUACUCGACAUCAGAGAGUCCAUACUGGAGAGAAAUGCUAUAAAUGUAAUAUGUGUAAUAGAGCCUUCCAAAAUAGCUCUUCCCUCUCUCUCCAUCAAAGAAUCCAUAGUGGAGAUAAACCCUACAAAUGUUUUGAAUGUGGAAAAGCUUUUAGCCAGGGACUGUACCUUACUCGACAUCAGAGAAUUCAUACUGGAGAAAAACCUUAUAAAUGUAAUGAAUGUGGUAAGGCCUUCAAUCAGUCUGCAGGUCUUAUUCAACACCAGAUAGUUCAUACUGUAGACAAACCCUAUAAGUGUGAAGAAUGUGGUAAAACCUUCAGUCGGCAAGGGAGUGUCAUCCAACAUCAAAGAAUUCAUACUGGAGAAAAACCCUAUGUAUGUAGUGAAUGUGGAAAAGCCUUUACCCACAGCUCAUCCCUUGCUGUACAUCAGAGAAUUCAUACUGGGGACAAAUCCUAUGACUGUAAUGAAUAAUUCAUCACCUUUUUGUUGCUUCAUUCCCCCCCCCCCCAAAAAAAACCAAACAAACUGGAAACAACUGAAAUACCCAAUAAUUGAGUAAUGACUGAAUGCUGACAUAUCAAUAUAAUGGAAUAAUGACUCACAGAAUUUUAGAGUUGACAGUAGCCUCAUUAGUCAUCUAUUUCAACAACCUAAAAAAAGUCAUCUAUCAUUUCCUUUGAGAUUUCCAAAGAGGGGAAACCCACUUACUUCCUGACAUAGCUCAUUCCACUAUGUGAUAGCUCUAGUAGUUAGGAAUUUUAAAAUUUUUAUUAAGCCUAAAUUUGCAUUUUUUGCAACUUCUUUCCAUUGCUCCUACUUCUACCUUCUGGGGUCAAGGAACAGAGCAUAUGUAAUACCUCUUCCAUAGUCCUAUAAACACUUGAAAAUGUCAUACCAUGUAACUCCUAAGACUACUGUACUCCAGGUUCAGGUCACCAAUCGAUCCUUAUAUGGAAUGAACUUAAAGCCCUUUGACAUCCCAGAUGACCUCCUGCUCACCAGAUUAUCAGUGUCCUUCCUAAACUGUGGUACCUAGAAUUGCAUACAAUAUUCUAGAUGUGGUCUAACUGUGGCAGAGCAUAACAAGACUAUUACCUCCUUAUUCUUGAAAGCAAUGCCUUUUUUAUUAGCUUUUUGGCUGCUGUAUCGCACUGUUGACUCAUAUUGAGUCAACUAAAAUCCCCAGAUAUUUUUCAGAGAAACUGCUCUCUAAAUAUCCUUUCCUCAUUUUGUACUUGUAAAGUCAUUUUUUUUAAACCCAAGACUUGGCACUUGUCUUAUAAAUAUCAUCUUUUUAGAUUUGGUCCAAUAUCCUAACUGGUCAAGAUAUUGUGGAUCCUAUCAUCUAUUGUGUUAGCUAUCCUUCCUGUAUUUUAUCAUUUGUACAUUUGAUAAACAUGUUAGCUAUGCCUUUUUAUUUAGGCCAUUUAUAAAAAUGUUAAACAGUGUAAGGCCAUGCACAAUACCCUGCCCCUACUGAAGACCAAGUUGCUAUCAAACCACUAAUGGCUCACACCCUAUAGCACAGCUCUUAUUUUCCAGAAUCUUUCAAAGGUGAUUGACAAGUGACUUAACAGGCACAAAUGUCAGUUCUUCCAGUACUUGAAAAUAAUUUGAGCCAGUUGCCUUGAACUGAUCGUGGACUGCCAGAUGCUCUGAUUAUCUCCAUUCCCUGGUUUGUCAACUCCUUAGUAUACAUUUUCAUCAUUUCCAAUCUAAAGGUCAUCUAAUAAUGAAAAUGGAAGCAAAAUAAGAAUUGAGUGGCUUUGUUUUGUUUAUCAUCAGUUAUCCUGACUAGCCCAGGCAGCAGUCUUAUGCCUUUUUUCUUCCUCUUCUUUCCCCAAAUAUAGCUAAAUAAAAGAUAUUUUGUUGCCCUUAGUUUAACUUACCAGCCUCAGCUCAUUUUGAACUUUGGCUCUUCUGACACAAUUCUUAUGAUUCUGUACCAUACUCCAGACCAUUACCUUCCUUUUUAUCUUCUCUACAUGUCUUUUAAAGAUCCAAAUUGUAUAGUAAAUUUCCUGUGCAGCCACAUCAGUCUCUUCAGACAAUAUCCUAUUUUCUUCCUGAAUGGCAGUUUCUCUUUGUGUUUUCAGAAUUUCAUUUGUGAGUACUUCUUGCAUCCGUCCUAUACUGACUUCCUCUGUACACUUUUAGUUCAUGGAAUCCUAUCCUUUGGAAACAUAUACUACAACAAGUUUAAAAUUAAUGAGAAAUAUUACAUUAAUAUCCAUAUGUCACAAGAUCUAGAAGAAACAUUCCUUCCCCUCAGAAUGUUGACCUCCCCUGCAGAAAGAUUUCUGGAAUGACAUGAAUAGUAGCACCAGAUGAAAUAGUAUGAAUGAGUUGCAAUCUGCACCUUUGGAGGAAAUAUACUGUGUCCCCUCCCCCAUGGAAAUUUGAAAAAAUAUUUAAAAAAUUUUUUGAAACAUGAAGCAAACCAGAAACACAAAAUUCAUACUGAUUACAACAUAAAAGUAAGGUGAGGGAAUAUACAUAUAAAUAUAUAGAGGUGAUCUGGCAAAUUUAAUGCGGACAUGGAAUAACAAGGAUAUUUUAAAUGUUGAAAUUAAUGUAUUGAAUUGUAAAUACUCAGUCUUUAAUUGGUUUUGUUAAUGUUUAAAUUUAAGCUAGUAAUAAAUUAUUUAAAAAUAAACAAUGAAAUAAGAGAAGGAAGAAUUAAAGAUUACUUGAAUCUAGAAAAACACCUUCAAGGUGGAGGGAAUGAGGAUGGCUCUCUUGCUUUGGAGAUAGAGUGAGAAGUUCUAAGAACAGAAAAGCUGACUUACAACUAAACUAUGGUUGUUAUUAUCUCUUUUCCCCUUCCCUUUCCACCUAACAACCAAUUACAGGGAUGGACCCGUUAGAAUUCUUAGAUGCAGUGGUGGUUAUUUAAUUGAACUUCAUUCUUAAUAUGUCUGGAGUCUAAGCCCAGAAAUUCCAUGUCCCUGAAUUGUCCAAAGACCUGCAAUGGAAUUCUACU